GACCUUGGACUCGAUUUCGUCAUGUCACAUGCAGACAGUGCAGGGGUAUACGAGCGCGGCCGUGCCGGCGGCCUGUGUGAUUGGCUGACCAGUUGAUGCGGCGGGGUACCGUCCGGGGGAGAGCGGCCCGUGCCGACGAACGCGCUGUUCCGGGCGGCGGAGAGUGCAGAGCUCGCCGGAGAUAGGGCCCUGCUGAGCUGCCCCUGACGGCCGAGACGUGAGGAUUGUGGGCAUUUGUGAGCGGAUGGGAAGACGUGUCGAUGAUUGAUCCAACUGUUGGUGUUUUGUUGAAGCUGUUAAUAUUGGGAGAAGUGGUGUUCCUAGAAUGGGUGGUGACGAAGCAUUCUACGUUAGAGAAGCUAGGAGUGAGCGUAGAUACGAACGGAGCUGCUAGAAAUGUUGCCUCGGAAAGUGAGGUGUUGUUACCCGGGAACACUUGCAUCGACCUAGCGACAUCCUCCAACUACAGCGGCAAGCCAGCGCCCUAAAACCCGCAGAACUGGUGCCGUCGUACUUGCCCUUCCGCAAGUAUAACGCCAUGAUCCCACAGAGCGCCCUGAAGGGCGGCAGACGAUGCUCGCGCUGUCCUCCGCCGACCAACUGCUGCCAGCUCGCCGUCCUGCGCUCCGCCGCCACCGCCGUCUCCGUCUCCUACAUCACCAUCAACGCCGUCUUCAUCAUCUCCUUUGUGCUUUAUAUCGUCUACUGCAGCAUUGUCCUUCCAACUGAGGAGAGGGACAAGCUGUACUUUUUGAGUUACAUUUUCAUCGGAGUGCUGAUGCUGGGCGGAGCUAACCUGGCGUUCGACAGCGCCCUGCUGCGUGGGGUGCGCGCGGCGCGUCGGCCGCUCGUGCUCGGCUGGGUGGUGUGGUACGGCGUCCUCACCGCCCUGCUCUCCGUCGGAUGGGUGGCAGGAGCCAUCGUGUGGAUCUACCUGGUGGUCAUGUCGCGCCCCUCGGACGUCGCCCUCGGAGUGUUCUUCACCUGUGUGCACUGUUUGCUGGGCUUUGCCGUGCUGCCAUUGAUGUGGUUUUGCUUCGCCUGCGUGGCGUCGCAUCUGAGCACGCUGACUCCGAGCGAUGAUAACGUGCUCAUCUCCAAACUGGUGCGGCAGAACACGCGCUUUGGACUGGUGACACUGCCGCCGCACGAGGAGCCGGACGAUGACUAACGGCUCGAGUAUGGUAUACGUUCGAAACUCGGUGAUAUAUGUACGUGUUCGAUACAAGAUGUUCGAAAAAGCUUCACCUGUCUGUCACGAAUGAGGUUCUUUAACGACAUUUUGUUGACUUUGAAAAAGACGAUUUGGAUCAGGUCAUAAAUGCUCAUCGCUGUCAUAUAUGACAAUAACAGUGGACAUGAUUUUAGGUUGUAGACUAAGGUAUGUUUUUAGAUUUACGACAGAAGUGGAGUGCCGGGGCCAGCAGCCGGACUCGGUAUAAUUUUAUGGAGGUAUGAAUGGAGGACAUUUAGUUUUACCAGCAUUCAAGGGCUAUCGUGAAAUUUCAUAUCCUUAACCCAUGCGUUGUGGUGGCUUCUCUUAUCAAUAUGGCUGUGCGAGAAUUCGUGUCCUGUAAACGUAUUCAUAGUAUAUACCUAUGCAUAAUGUACAUGGUUCUUAUAUGAUUUGUGUAACGUAUUCUUGUCGGCUUCAGGGAAAAUAAAAGUGUUUAAAACUAGUUCACCUAUCUCAUUAAUCAAAACACUCGGUCACUGUGCCUGCUGUGAGAGUAUAACCGACAAGGCUAAACGUUUGUUAAUUGGAUGUUUUAUGACACAUUCACUCAAUACCGCGUCCGUCUCUCAAGCUGACCAGUGACCGGUGCGGCGGAGGUAGUCUAACGAGAGGGUAUGGCGGACGACCUGUCCUGCCCUGCUCUCUAGCUAGGGAUAACUCGUUCAUUCCACACACUCAGUUACUCAGCGUUUGUAUUCUGAGCUCUGUAGUCUGACACAAAG